CAUGGACAGAUCUAGGCAGAAAUUGGUAAAGGCAGUGGGAACGGGAUAUGCAAAGGUCCUGAGGCAGGAUGAGAAAUUUUAAAGCUUCUGUCACUGCCUUGGGCAGGGAAAGAUAUUCUGGGGACAGGCAUGGAUGUGGCAGAGACAAAGAGGUAGAUAGGGCAACAUUUGGACGGAAGAGAGUAGGGCCUGGAGCAAGUUGAGAAGCAGGGACUGCUGUCACCCCCAUAGAGGAGAGGAGAGAACGAGCACACAACCAGAAUGUACUGCCCAGAGAUGCCCUGGGAGAGCAUCAGGACAGAUGUGACUCUGAGCCCUUGGCCUCCACCCCAGUGAGGACAGGAGGGGAGGGAAGGAGCCCUGGGUUGGGCAAGGCGGAACAGACUUAACCAGAGGAAAUGGAGGCAGUUUGGGGCCAGAAGGGAGGCCACCAGGAUGCCUCACUUACCACCAGGGGGCAGCAGAGCCAAACUACCUCGGGCCUUGCCAGCAAAUGGGUCUCUGCCUCCUGGAGGCCCCAGGAAGCCUUCAUUUGUCCCCUUAGCCCCCAGGGCUCUAGAGGCCAUGGUCCCUGGUCCCUGCCCCCCACUUCCUCCCCAAACCUCUCCCCAUCGCUCAAUCUGCUCUAGUCAAAGAGUCUGGGGGAGCUGGUCAUCCUCGGUGCAGGCUGCUCAGGCCCCAGCACCUUUGGGAUCAUUCCCCCUCUGCCCAGGUCCAUGAAGCCCUCCAACGGGCAACUGCGCCGACUUCUUUCCAGAUCCCGGUCACAUCGGUUAUGCUCGUGUCCCUCCCUCUGUCUCCACCAGGAGUGCGACCUGCGCGUCUUCUUGUGGGGUCAAGUUGAUUUUCUCCCUCGGAGGUUUGGGAGCCCCAGACCUGAACCCCGUUAUGGUCAUCUGUGUCCUCAGGACAGGGCCUGGGAUCCAGCAGCUGCCGCAGCGGGAACCGCAAAAGCUUGGUCGUGGGAACACCGUCACCGACUCUAUCCCGGCCCCUGUCACCACUGUCUGUCCCAACCGCAGGCAGCAGCCCCCUGGACAGUCCCCGGAACUUCUCCGCUGCAUCUGCCAUUAACUUCCCCUUUGCCCGGAGCCACAUCCACCGCGUGGACAGGGCAGACGGCAGAAGAUGGUCCCUGGCGUCUCUCCCGUCUUCCGGCUAUGGAACCAACACGCCCAGCUCCACCGUUUCGUCAAGCUCGUCCUCCAGGGAGCGUCUCCACCAGCUUCCCUUCCAGCCCACGCCGGACGAGCUCUGCUUCCUGUCCAAGCACUUCCGCAGCUCAGAGAGUGUGGCUGAUGAGGAGGGCCACCGCUCCCCGCGCCUGCGCCCCCGCUCCCGCAGCCUCAGGUGGGCCUGGACCUCGGGCCCCCACUUUUGGCCCAGAGCCAGGCCCCUGCCUCCUCCUCUGGGCUGGGUCUUGUGUCCCAUGUGGCGAACUGUCCACCCGUCCCCCUUUCAGUCCUGGGCGCACAUCAGGGACCUUCGACAAUGAGAUCGUCAUGAUGAAUCACGUGUACCGGGAGAGGUUUCCCAAGGCCACAGCACAGAUGGAGGGCCGCCUGCAGGAGUUCCUAGUAGCCAAUGCGACCGGCGCCCGGCUGGCCCUGGCGGACGGCGUCCUGGGCUUCAUCCAUCACCAGAUCGUCGAGCUGGCCCGAGACUGCCUGGCCAAGUCUGGCGAGAACCUGGUCACCUCCCGCUACUUCUUGGAGAUGCAGGAGAAGCUGGAGCGGCUGCUGCAGGACGCGCAUGAGCGCUCGGACAGCGAGGAGGUCGGCUUCAUCGUCCAGCUCGUCCGCAAACUGCUCAUCAUCAUCUCGCGGCCGGCCCGGCUCCUCGAGUGCCUGGAGUUCGAUCCGGAGGAGUUUUACCAUUUGCUGGAGGCGGCCGAGGGCCAGGCCCGGGAGGGCCAGGGCAUCAAGACGGACCUGCCGCAGUACAUCAUCGGGCAGCUGGGCCUGGCCAAGGACCCGCUGGAGGAGAUUGAGCCUCUGAGUCACCUCGACGGAGGACAGCCCCCAGCACCCGAGUCCCCAGAGAGCCGUGCCCUGGUCGGCCCAUCCCGGAGGAAGCCCUGUGAGAGUGACUUUGAGACCAUCAAGCUCAUCAGCAACGGGGCCUACGGGGCUGUCUACCUGGUGCGACACCGCGACACGCGGCAGCGCUUCGCCAUCAAGAAGAUCAAUAAGCAGAACUUGAUCCUGCGCAACCAGAUCCAGCAGGUGUUCGUGGAGCGCGACAUCCUCACCUUCGCCGAGAACCCCUUUGUGGUCAGCAUGUUCUGCUCCUUCGAGACGCGGCGCCACCUGUGCAUGGUCAUGGAGUAUGUGGAAGGCGGUGACUGCGCCACCCUCCUGAAGAACAUGGGCCCGCUGCCCGUGGACAUGGCCCGCAUGUACUUCGCGGAGACGGUGCUGGCGCUCGAGUACCUGCACAACUACGGCAUCGUGCACCGCGACCUCAAGCCCGACAACCUGCUCAUCACCUCCCUCGGCCACAUCAAGCUGACCGAUUUCGGCCUGUCCAAAAUCGGCCUCAUGAGCAUGGCCACCAACCUCUACGAGGGCCACAUUGAGAAGGACGCCCGCGAGUUUGUGGACAAGCAGGUGUGCGGGACCCCCGAGUACAUCGCCCCCGAGGUCAUCUUCCGCCAGGGCUACGGGAAGCCGGUGGACUGGUGGGCCAUGGGGAUCAUCCUCUAUGAGUUCCUGGUGGGCUGCGUGCCCUUCUUCGGAGACACCCCUGAAGAGCUCUUCGGCCAGGUGGUCAGCGAUGAGAUCAUAUGGCCCGAGGGGGACGAGGCCCUCCCGGCGGAUGCCCAGGACCUCAUCACCAGGCUGUUGCGGCAGAGCCCCCUGGACCGGCUGGGCACCGGUGGCACCCACGAGGUGAAGCAGCACCCCUUCUUCCUGGCCCUGGACUGGGCGGGGCUCCUGCGACACAAGGCCGAGUUUGUCCCGCAGCUGGAAGCCGAGGACGACACCAGCUACUUCGACACGCGUUCAGAACGGUACCGCCACCUGGGCUCCGAGGAUGAGGAGACCAACGACGAGGAGUCCUCCACUGAGAUCCCCCAGUUCUCCUCCUGCUCCCACCGGUUCAGCAAGGUCUACAGCAGCUCUGAGUUCCUGGCCGUCCAGCCCACACCUACCUUCACUGAGAGGAGCUACAGUGAGGACCGAGAGGAAGGGUGGGAGCGCAGCAGCGAAGGGGAGAAUGGCCGUCGGCCGAGCACUGAAGUCCGGCUAAGGUCCUGGACGUCCUCCGGUUCCUCCUGUCACUCGUCGCAGCCUGAGCGGGGCCCCAGCCCAUGCCUCCUGAGCACCAUCAGCCUAGACACGAUGCCCAAGUUUGCCUUCUCUUCAGAGGACGAGGGGGCGGGCGCAGCCUCUGGGGACCCUAAGAAGCCCGUCUUCAUUCUGGGGGAGCCCGACCCCCCUCCGCCAGCCGCCCCAGCGGUGCCCAAGCCCUCAAGCCUUUCCGCUGACACAGCGGCCCUGAGCCACGCGCGCCUGCGGAGCAACAGCACGGGCGCCCGCCACUCCACGCCGCGGCCCCUGGAUGCCGGCCGGGGCCGCCGCCUCGGGGGCCCGAGGGACCCAGGCCCCGAGAAGUCCCGGGCCUCCCCCAGCAGUGGCGGGGGCAGCGGGGGACGUGUGCCCAAGUCAGCGUCCGUCUCCGCCCUGUCGCUCAUCAUCACAGCAGAUGACGGCAGCGGUGGCCCCCUCAUGAGCCCCCUGUCCCCGCGCUCCCUGUCCUCGAACCCGUCCUCCCGAGACUCCUCGCCCAGCCGGGACCCGUCCCCCGUGUGCGGCAGCCUGCGGCCUCCCAUCGUCAUCCACAGCUCCGGCAAGAAGUACGGCUUCAGCUUGCGCGCCAUCCGCGUCUACAUGGGUGACAGUGACGUCUACACCGUGCACCACGUUGUCUGGAGCGUGGAGGACGGGAGCCCCGCCCAGGAGGCGGGCCUGCGCGCCGGCGACCUGCUCACGCAUAUCAACGGGGAGUCGGUGCUGGGGCUGGUGCACAUGGACGUGGUGGAGCUGCUGCUGAAGAGCGGUAACAAGCUCUCCCUGCGGACCACGGCCCUGGAGAACACGUCCAUCAAGGUGGGCCCGGCGCGGAAGAACGUGGCCAAGGGCCGCAUGGCGCGCAGGAGCAAGCGGAGCCGCCGGCGGGAGACCCAGGACCGGCGAAAGUCGCUCUUCAAGAAGAUCUCCAAGCAGCCGGCCUCCGCGCUGCACACCAGCCGCAGCUUCUCCUCCGGCCUCCACCACUCGCUGUCCUCCAGCGAGAGCCUCCCGGGCUCGCCCACGCACAGCCUCUCCCCCAGCCCCACCACGCCCUGCCGCAGCCCCGCCCCCGACGCCCCAGCAGAUACCGCAUCCCCACCCAGCGUGUCCCCGAGCUCCAGCAGCCCUGCCUCCCCAGCCGCUGCUGGCCACACCCGCCCCAGCUCCCUGCACGGCCUGGCUGCCAAACUGGGGCCGCCACGCCACAAGACUGGCCGCCGCAAGUCCACGAGCAGCAUCCCUCCGUCCCCGCUGGCCUGUCCACCCGUGGCUGCAGCCCCACCGCGCUCGCCCUCGCCCCUGCCCGGGCACCCCACCCCCCGGUCCCCGCGGCUGCGUCGGGGCCAGUCAGCCGACAAGCUGGGCACAGGGGAGCGGCUGGAUGCAGAGCCCGGGCGCCGCAGCCGCGGGCAGGACUCGGAGCUGGUGGUGAUGCGGCGGCUGCACCUGUCCGAGCGCCGAGACUCCUUCAAGAAGCAGGAGGCGGUGCAGGAGGUGAGCUUCGACGAGCCGCCGGAGGAGGGCGCUGUGCUGCUCGCCGCGGUGCCGCAGAUCGCCGUGGAAGGCGCCGAGAGCGCGCCCGGAGCCCCGGCCGCGAAGGACUGAGCCCAGCCGCCGCUCCCGGGCCUCAAAGCCACGCGUUCUUCGUGCUGUCUUUUAAUGUAAAGUCACGCCUGGAUGGAGACUGACACUUCAGCCUGCGACACCUAGAAGGCAAAAGCCAUCUGGGUCCUCCCUCGUAUUCUGGUGGCCUUGGGGCAGGAGGAGCAGGGAUGGGGCCCGCGGUUGACGCUGUAAAUGAGUCCUUGCAACUAAUUUAUUACUUUUUAUAAGCAAUAGUCAGACUGGCCGUUCCGGAAGGCGGCUGCCAGGUCUGGCCCCAGGCACCUGAGACCCCGACUGCAGACCCUGCCCUCUGGGCUGAGAAGGAAGCACUUUGGACAAGUCGUGUGUGUUUGUGUUUUCUAGUUUGUACUUUCAAAGUGUGUGUGUGUGUGUGUGUGUCCGUCCUGAUCCUAUUUCCAACCCAAGAUUGAUUUGAGAGGAGGCAACCAAGCUCACUGGUCCAGGCCGGGUUUGGAUAUGACCUGGAGGGUCCACAAAUUGUGCUUCCCCCAAAACAAUCUCAUCUCAAUGAUCUGGAUUCUGAGGGUCACUUCCCGCUGUCACAGCUGCCAUCCCCAAUCCAUCCUUGCUGGAGUCCGCCUCCAAUCCUGCAGGUAGUGGGCAUGGGAGCUGGGGCUUUGAUGGAUGAGUAGGAGCUCACCAGGUCUAGACAGAGGUCUCCUACUCCACUGGCAGGUGUCCCCGAUGCCCUGGGAGGCACAGGCCUCAAAGGCUACUGCCAAGGAGGGGGUGUCUACUCUGGACAAAAUCCUAUGUGUUCAAGGUCCACCAGAGUGAGCCCUUGACCACGGUAUGUCUGAAACAUCCGUCAGCAGGUCCCUCAGAGCCUCCCUGGGAAGAGGUUCCAAUGAGGAAGGCCAGCUGAGGGCAACAAGACCCAGGUUUGAAUUUCAGCUUCACUGUGUGGCUCUGGGAAAAUGGCUUUCCCACUCUGUGCCUGAGUUUCCUUGUGUUUACAAGACUAAUCCCAAUGACUAUUUAUUAAGCACCUACUGUGUGCCAAGCGCUUUUACUCAUGGCUUCUCCCUCUGCCGGCCUCUAGAAGGCUGGAGGUGGUAUUGUGAUCUCUAUUGUACAGUCCAAGCAGCUGAGGCCCAGCAAGGGGCAGAGACUUGGCCCAGGGUGGCCCAGGGAGGGUCCUGGUAGAAGAGAGCAUCUGCCAGGCCCUGUUGCAGGCAGUAUCAUCAAGAGAGCUUGAACGGUGUCAGCUACAGCAGAUUCUAGCCCCGGCUCUUUCCCAGUGAUGCUGCGGGUGACCCGCUGGGCACCUGGGAGGCAGCUGGUGAGACUGCUCACCCGCCUGGUGAGGGAGAUUCCCGCGCUGCAGCCUGCUCUGCAUUCCUCCCUGAGCCCUCGCGCUGCCUGGUGUUGAAGGGCAGACCUCGGCUGUGCAUGACUCGCCCCUCCGUCCAUCCUGGAGCUGGCAGUGAAUAAAAGCCACACUUACAAAGA